CAAUGCUCACUCCCGUCCUGGGCAACAGAGCCACAGACCUAUCCACUCCUCCAUGCAGCAGCGCGGCUAACUUCCCAGCCACUGCUUGCGCCAUCCCCACCCGCCGCUCAUCCAAACCCAACCACCCUCCCGAAUUCGAAAACCUCGGCGAGCCACCGCCACGCGACGCCUUCUCCCUCCGUCGAGCCCCCUGCCGCGCGAGGCCGGGCCCGCGACACGGCGUGCCCCGUACCAUGCCGUGACGCCCGGACCCACCCACCUAAGCGCAGCCGCCUCGUCCCACAUGCACUUCCCCUCGCCGCGCGCGCACGCCAUGGCCGUGCCGGCCGUCACCCGCCCUCGUCUCGUCGCCAGAGCUAGCCUCGCCUCGACCUUUUGCCUGGUCCUCCGGGGCCGCGGGCGGGGACACGGCCGCGCGGUGGCGGCGGUGAGGGCGCGAGAGCAGGGCGCGGCGCCGCCCGACCCGGCGGCCAUCCUGCGGCGGCCGGAGGUGGCGACGACGACGUCGGCGGAAGAGAGAGAGAGCGACGCGGACUCCUCGUUGGAUGGCCCGGGGGAGGUCGAGGCGCCGGCGGAAGGGAUUCAAGGGAGGAGGAAGGCCCCGGAGAGGGAGUGGGUGGACUGGGAGGACCUUAUCCUCGAGGACACCGUACCGCUCGUUGGCUUCGUCCGAAUGAUCCUCCACUCCGGCAAGUAUGAAAGUGGUGAUCGGCUGAGUCCUGAACAUGAAAAGGCGAUUCUGGAACGUUUGCUUCCAUAUCAUCCACAAUAUGAGAAGAAAAUUGGUUGUGGUAUCGACUACAUCGUGGUAGGAUUGCAUCCAGAAUUCGAGAACUCAAGGUGUUUAUUCAUAGUUAGGAAGGACGGUGAGCAAGUUGAUUUUUCAUUCUGGAAGUGCAUCAAAGGUCUCAUCCGACAAAAGUACCCCUUGUAUGCAGACAGUUUCAUUCUCAGGCAUUUCCGCAGGAGACAAGAUUACUGAGGUUAGGAACUUGGAGAUCUGGUGCGGUGGGGGUGGCAGGAGGAACACCUGCAGCAGCGGUAGCCGAACUUGGAGAUCUGGUGCGGUGGGGGCAGCAAGAGGAACACCUGCAGCAGCACAAGGAGAAAGGUGUUGGCCUGGUCGAUUGGGUUAGGAAUGGGCUGAGCAAUCGACUGAUGAGAACCUCCAAGGGUUAUUAAUACAUUUCACCUUCUCCAAUCUGCAACGAAAAAUCGGAAGACGAGAAAACUGUAAUAGGUUUGGAUGGAGUGGUAAACGGCGCAUUGUUUUGGUGGUAUUAAAAUGUACCGAGUCGGUUCGAUGGCAAUUUUCUAAAUCGGUGA